AUGAUAAAUGUUUGUGACUCUGUGUGCGUGUCCACAAGACUCUCAUCCACAGGAACUGCAGCUUUUGCUCUGAGAAAUAGAACGAUGGCAGCGCGGCGGCUGUGUGCUCUCGUCCUGCUUCAAGUUGCAUCAGUGUUGAGCGGGGAGGUCCUGAUCUUCUGUGACGACCCGACGGUGGACAGAGCCGUGACUCACGCCCUCAACACGUUCAACGAAGGAAUUGUCACCGGACACAAACUAGCUCUGUUCCAGGUCACAUUCGCCAGCAAGGCAGAAAACGGCUCGUACUGGCUCAAGUUCACCACCAGGAAGAGCAACUGUUCUGCAUCGGAACCCACGCCCUGGACCGAGUGCGACUACCUUCCCAUCGAUAAGAAGCCCAUCAGAUGUAAUGCCACGGUCCACAUGAACGAGACGGACACAGACACUGAGCAUGUAAACUGUCAGAUUGAGGACCUGUUCCCCUUUGGGAAAGCGUCGUGUUUGGGAUGUCCCGAAGACAUCGAUGAGAACUCUGAAGACCUGAAGGUUCCACUGUCUGUGUCCAUCUCCAAAUACAACAGUCAGUCUGACCACACGCACCUGUUCCACCUGAACGAGGUGGGACCAGCCACCAGACAGGUGGUGGCAGGUUUUCGCUUUAAGUUCAAGUUCGACGUGAGGAGGACGAACUGCGCCAAAGCGGACCACAAAGACCUACACGCUCUGUGCGAGGACGACCAGGACAAAGUGGAGUUCGCUAACUGUAACUCCACAGUGGACAUGGCACCGUGGAGACAAGAAGCACCCAACGUUCACCUUAACUGUGAACCAGGACAGAUGCCCCCAGUGCUGCUGAGGCGUCGCCCACCUGGCUGGUCUCCUCUGCGCAACAUGAACAUGGAGCAGAGCACUCUCGCUCCCGAGACGGUUUCCCCCGGCCCUGCUCCCACCAAGGCCAAAGAGGAGUCAUCCGAGGAGGACCUGGCCAAGCCUUCCCCAGACAACUCGCCCUUCCACUGCCCAUCCAAAACCUGGAAGGUCUUUAGAUCGCAGGAUCAUGGGAGCUCCGGCACUGACGCCACGCCCCCAGAUGCAGCGGUCGACUCGGCUUUCAGUGACUUGGACCCGGUCGGUUAA